AUGGGACUCCCGGAAAUUUCCCAAGAUGCAUUUCGCUAUGAGUCCAAAACCACUCUCAACUCCCGGGCUAGCCUCCACAGCCUCGACGAUGUAACGCCCAACCCGGCGCAGGAGAGCAGACUGCAAUUAUUCCAGGCCGAGUCCUCAUACGAAGAGGAGCAAUGGCGAUUCGAUGUGCGAGACUGGCUGGUGUUCAUUUGCAUAGUCAUCAUUGCGAUGAUGGACGCUUUUGAUGCGACGGUCAUGAUACCUGUACUGCCUGAAUUGGCCAAUAUGUUCGACAGGCCCCUCGUCAGCACUCUCUGGGUCAACAUAGCGUAUCUCAUCCCCAACGCCGCCAGCCAACUUUUCUUCACAAUGAUGUGCGACGUAUUCAGCCACGGAGUGGUGUGGAUUAUCGCUCUAGUGAUUGGCACGAUCGGCACGGGCAUUUGCGGCGGUUCGAUGAGUUUGAUGGAGCUUAUUAUCGGCCGGUCGAUCCAGGGUAUUGGCGGAGGCGGCGCGAUGGCCCUCUGUUUCGUGAUCAUGGCGGAAUCCGCACCGGAGUCGGUUCAGUCACGGUAUUCAUGCUACAUCCUCCUGACGCGGCUCAUUGGAUCCAUGCUGGGUCCAAUUGUCGGUGGACUGUUCGUGGACAAGGCAGACUGGACAUGGGCGUUCUACUUUAACUUUAUCUUUUGCGCGCUGGGCUUACUGGGAAUUCCAUUCGCUACGGACUUGCGCGUCUCCACCAAUAUCCCGCUCCGCAAGCUGCGUACCUUGGAUUGGUCUGGCGCCACGAUGGCCCUGCUAGGACCGGGAAGCAUUCUCAUUGGCCUGAGCUGGGGUGGUAUCUCCUAUAAGUGGACUCAGUGGCAGACGCUGAUGCCCAUCAUCGUCGGUGUUGCGACACUCGUUGCGAUGACGUUUUAUGAGUCGAUGUGGGCAUUGCAUCCGCAAUUUGGCACGAAGGUUUUCAGAUCCACCGCCACAACUAUGACCUAUAUUGGCUGUUUCUGUCAUGGCUUUGUGAUCUUUUGUCAGAUGCAAUACUUUACAAUCUACCUAUUGUCAGCGAAAUACAUGUCUACCACUGUUUCAGGGCUGGCGCUCCUGUGCAUCACCGGUCUCGCACUUACGCCUUCAGCUGUGGUGGGGAUUGUGCUCGCAAGAGAGCCGCAGUGUUCCAAGUAUAUCAUCUCCGGCGGGUGGGUGCUAACCGUUCUUGCAUCUGGCUGUUCCAUUCUUCUCGACGCGGAGACUCCUACUGUUGGAUGGGUGUUUUUGUUCUUCACAGCUGGCCUGGGACAUGGACUCCUCCUUUCAAGCUAUAACAUCCGCAUCCAUAGUAUGCCCAAGGAUGAAGGGGCCUCACUGUCCACCAAGCCUAUUAUGAUGUUCAACUUCAUGGGAGCGUGGGGGAUGGCGGUCGCCAUACCUAUCGGAGGCAUGGUGUUCUUGAAUUGCUUCGGCGACAAGCUUCAUAGUAUCGGGUUGAGAAGAGAUCUCAUCAAUACCGCCGACGGCUAUCUAGUGCUAAUGAAUCAAGUAAAGAUGACAGACGAGCAAAGAGAAGCGAUUCAAGAGGCCUCUGCAACGGCAUUACAGGCUGUGUGGGAAGUCAUCACAGGUGUCGGCGCUAUAGGUGGCAUCUCAUCCGCCUUUUUCUGGAAGGAAAGACGAUAG